GUUCCGCAGCCAUUUCAGGCCCCGGACGGGAGGCAGCGCCGCUUAGGCAGGAGGCCCGAGCGCCGGAGGCCUCUGGGAUGGUGUGGGACCGGCAAACCAAGAUGGAGUAUGAGUGGAAACCUGACGAGCAAGGGCUUCAGCAGAUCCUGCAGCUGCUCAAGGAGUCCCAGUCCCCAGACACCACCAUCCAGAGGACCGUGCAGCCACACGUGCCGCGCCGCCACGUCCUCGCCGCCGAGCAGGAGCGCCGGGGCCCGCGGGGCUCGGCGGGGCGGGGGCCUGCGGCCGGGCGGCGCGGGCCGGGGGUGGAGCUGGCGCGGGGUUUGAACGGCCGGGAGGGCCCGAGGCUUUGGCCGCGCCGGGGAGGCCGGGGAGGCCGGGACUCGCCGCGCCCGCGCUCACACCUGUUGCGGGCUCCCCGGCGCUCCCGGGAGGUUGGCCUGUUGGAGCUUUGGCCUACCCGGGGGCUCACUGUGUGCCCAGACCGCUGGAGCGGCCCUCGUGCCGCCGUCGGGGAGAGCCAACACGCAGCCCGCAGCCCGCUACCCUCUGAGUCCCAGCACAAACUGGAACAGCUUAAUCAAUACCCAGAUUUCAACAACUACUUGAUUUUUGUUCUUACAAAACUAAAAUCUGAAGAUGAGCCCACAAGGUCAUUGAGUGGUCUGAUCUUGAAGAAUAAUGUGAAAGCUCAUUUUCAGAACUUCCCAAAUGGUGUGACAGACUUUAUCAAAAGUGAAUGUCUAAAUAACAUUGGUGACUCCUCUCCUCUGAUCAGAGCCACUGUUGGUAUUUUAAUUACAACCAUUGCCUCCAAGGGAGAACUGCAGAAUUGGCCUGAUCUCUUACCAAAACUCUGUAGUCUGCUGGAUUCUGAGGACUACAACACUUGUGAGGGAGCGUUCGGUGCCCUUCAGAAGAUAUGCGAAGACUCUGCAGAGAUUUUAGACAGUGACGUUUUAGACCGCCCUCUCAACAUCAUGAUUCCCAAAUUUUUACAGUUUUUCAAGCACAGUAGUCCCAAAAUAAGGUCUCAUGCUGUUGCAUGUGUCAAUCAGUUCAUCAUCAGUCGGACUCAAGCACUUAUGCUGCACAUUGAUUCUUUCAUUGAGAAUCUGUUUGCACUGGCUGGUGAUGAGGAAGCAGAGGUGCGGAAAAACGUGUGCCGGGCGCUUGUGAUGCUGCUUGAAGUCCGGAUGGAUCGCCUCCUUCCUCAUAUGCAUAACAUAGUUGAGUACAUGCUGCAGAGGACCCAAGACCAAGAUGAGAAUGUGGCUUUGGAGGCUUGUGAAUUCUGGCUGACUUUGGCUGAACAGCCAAUAUGCAAAGAUGUACUUGUAAGGCAUCUACCUAAGUUGAUUCCUGUGUUAGUGAAUGGCAUGAAGUACUCAGAUAUAGACAUUAUUCUGCUUAAGGGUGAUGUUGAAGAAGACGAAACAAUUCCUGAUAGUGAACAGGAUAUAAGGCCGCGAUUUCAUCGCUCCAGGACAGUGGCUCAGCAGCAUGAAGAGGAUGGAAUUGAAGAGGAAGAUGAUGAUGAUGAUGAAAUUGAUGAUGAUGAUACAAUUUCUGACUGGAAUCUGAGAAAAUGUUCCGCUGCUGCUCUCGAUGUUCUGGCAAACGUUUAUCGUGAUGAGCUCUUGCCACACAUUUUGCCACUUUUGAAAGAAUUGCUUUUCCAUCAUGAAUGGGUUGUUAAAGAAUCAGGCAUCUUGGUUUUAGGAGCAAUUGCAGAAGGUUGCAUGCAGGGCAUGAUUCCAUACCUGCCAGAGCUCAUUCCUCACCUUAUUCAGUGCCUCUCUGAUAAAAAGGCUCUUGUGCGUUCUAUCACCUGCUGGACUCUUAGCCGCUAUGCACACUGGGUAGUCAGCCAACCACCAGAUACAUACCUGAAGCCAUUAAUGACAGAAUUGCUGAAGCGUAUCCUGGAUAGCAACAAGAGAGUACAAGAAGCCGCUUGCAGUGCCUUCGCUACUUUAGAAGAGGAGGCUUGUACAGAGCUCGUCCCGUACCUUGCUUACAUACUCGAUACCCUCGUCUUCGCCUUCAGUAAAUACCAGCAUAAGAACCUGCUCAUUCUGUACGAUGCCAUAGGGACACUAGCAGAUUCAGUGGGACAUCAUUUAAACAAGCCAGAAUAUAUUCAGAUGCUAAUGCCUCCUCUGAUCCAGAAAUGGAACAUGUUAAAGGAUGAAGACAAAGAUCUUUUCCCUUUACUUGAGUGCCUCUCAUCUGUUGCCACAGCCUUGCAGUCUGGCUUCCUUCCAUAUUGUGAACCUGUGUAUCAGCGUUGUGUAAACCUAGUACAGAAGACUCUAGCACAAGCCAUGCUGAACAAUGCUCAACCAGAACAAUAUGAAGCUCCAGAUAAAGAUUUUAUGAUUGUGGCUCUUGACUUACUCAGUGGCCUGGCUGAAGGACUGGGAGGCAACAUCGAACAGCUUGUAGCCCGAAGUAACAUCCUAACACUAAUGUAUCAAUGUAUGCAGGAUAAAAUGCCUGAAGUUCGGCAGAGUUCUUUUGCGUUACUAGGUGAUCUGACUAAAGCUUGCUUUCAGCAUGUCAAGCCUUGUAUAGCUGAUUUCAUGCCAAUAUUGGGAACCAAUCUAAAUCCAGAGUUUAUUUCAGUCUGCAACAAUGCCACCUGGGCGAUUGGGGAAAUAUCAAUUCAAAUGGGUAUAGAGAUGCAGCCUUAUAUUCCUAUGGUGUUACACCAGCUUGUAGAGAUCAUUAACAGACCCAACACACCAAAGACGCUGUUAGAGAACACAGCAAUAACAAUUGGUCGUCUUGGUUACGUUUGUCCUCAAGAGGUGGCCCCCAUGCUACAGCAGUUUAUAAGACCCUGGUGUACCUCUCUGAGAAACAUAAGAGACAAUGAAGAAAAAGAUUCAGCAUUCCGUGGGAUUUGUACCAUGAUCAGUGUGAAUCCCAGUGGCGUAAUCCAAGAUUUUAUAUUUUUUUGUGAUGCUGUUGCAUCGUGGAUUAACCCAAAAGAUGAUCUCAGAGACAUGUUCUGUAAGAUCCUUCAUGGAUUUAAAAACCAAGUUGGGGAUGAAAAUUGGAGGCGAUUCUCUGACCAGUUUCCUCUUCCCUUAAAAGAGCGUCUUGCAGCUUUUUAUGGUGUUUAACUUAGAUCACUGAAGCUGCAGUCCCAAAAUUAGGGGUUCGUCAGUCUUGGAGACUAUAUGGGAGCCUCUGCACCCAGGGAAAAUGUUACCCUUUACAGGGGGGAAGGGUAAACCAGUAGGGAAUACAGUACAGUCCCAACCCUACUGGGAGGGGCGGGAGGGAGGUGUUGCCGUCACUGUAUUAAGUCGAUGUUGGGAAAUGUUUUAACAUCUGGAGCCUUUGUGGGUGGAAAUCUGUCUCCAAUUACAACUCUGCACUGGAUGUGAAGAAGCAAAGACUAUUCAGUCUACUCACACAACAGUACUUUCUGGAAUAUUAUGGGGAAAUGUACCAAAACAAGAACCACAUAAACAAUGCGCGGGGAUAAAGAGGAGGAAAAUCCCGUGGUCCACAACAAAGGAAACUUAAGAGUGGGAAGCUACAACAGUAAGGAAGCUUUUUUCAUUAAAGGUUUUUAUAUAAAUUUUCCCACAUUACGGGGGCCUUGUUUUGCAUGCUGAUAAAGAACUACAUAAAACUAACAGUUAAAAUCAGCUUGCCUCCCCUAGUAGAAGCAGGUUCUUGGAAGUUACAAUUUAAGGUACCCCCAAAAAGUUGGAAAUAAAACGAAACAAAUUUGAACAAUGAAGCACCCUGUGAGAUGCCAACGAGUCACUCCUUUUACCUUUGUGGGCUGGGCAGGGAGGGAGGAAUAAUGGGAUCGGGGUAUCAAACUAAAGGUGACAUCUAAUUUUACAUUAAAACGUUAGUGGAUAUAAUUUCAUGGUUGUACUUCUUAGAUUUAAUUUCUAGGCCAACACGUUAUCUUAAGGUGCAGUUUAAGGUCAGGCAUGCGCUCUGGCUCAUAGUGAUUGAAAGUGAUGUAAAUUAGUGGGACCGUAGCAUGCUUGCAUCACAUAGAGUGCGGUUGGUAUUCAUUUACCUAUGUUGCGCCAGUUUGGGUUGCAGUUUACCAAUUCAAUAUAGCCCUGCAUUUAAAAUUCCUUUAAGAUUGGUGGAUUUUAUUUUUAUUAAGAAUAUAGAUAUAUAAAGUACUGUAGUUUACAGCUAGGCCUUGAAAUACCUUUUUAGGAUCUGUUAGGAAUAAGGUUGAUAUUGUAUUGUGUGUAACCUGCACAAUGUGGAAAGCUGAUAUACCUGUGCAAAAUCUUUGCCUCUGUGCUGUCAGUGUGGUGUGCUUUCUGCAUGGUUAUAUACUACUAGUGAUUUUAUCAAAUUUCAAAUUACAUGGUAAAAGAUCUGUAAAAGGCUGCAUAAAUGUUAGUUGGCACAUAAACACAAUUGUAGAAGUUGGAACAUGAUUGCUAUAUUUCAAUGUUUAUUCCCACUCAACAUAUUGCCUCUAAGCUUUCCUUUCCUUUGUUUUUUUUUUGUUGUUGUUGUUGUUUUGUUUGUUUUUUGUUGUUGUUCGAAGCAUGAUCUUAAAGAUAUGUUUAAGUUAAUGGAUGUAAUGCAGGGUUCCUACACUGUAUUGGCGCAUGUUGGUGGCCCUUUGUGCCCUAAGUAUAUGCACAUAGGGCAUAUACAAAGCUACAGAGUGAGAGUUGGUUUGGAUCCUCUUCAUUUCAUUUGUUUGACUUUUCUGUUGUUUUUUUCUCUACUCACAUGUAUUUCUGUGAAUAAAUCCUUGUUAAGUUAA